GGAGCAGUCGGAGAGGCGGGAGGUUUUACUCGGCCAACCCAUGCCCACAGUGUAUGCUUCCACGCCACGAGAACUUGCGUGGACUUUCCACAGGGGCAAGAAACGUGUGCACAGAACGACAGUGGGUGUAUCUGCUUCCUGCUUUGAGGUGGGGCGGAGCGGAGCCGGAGUCCAUGGCUGCUGCUGGGGAACUGGAGCGGUGGCUCAAUAAAGCCACGGACCCAAAUAUCCCUGAGGAAAACUGGGAAUGCAUCCAGCAGUUCUGUGACCAGGUGAAUGCUGACAUAGAAGGCCCAUUGCUCGCACCGAGGCUUCUGGCACAUAAAAUCCAGUCGCCGCAGGAGGUGGAAGCUCUCCACGCUCUCACAGUGCUGGAGACCUGCGUGAACAACUGCGGAGAAAGAUUUCACAGGGAAAUAGCAAAAUUCAGGUUCCUGAAUGAGCUGAUUAAAGUGCUUUCCGCGAAGUACUAUGGGACCUGGUCUUCAGAAAAAGUCAAGUCCAGAGUGACAGAAGUGAUAUUCAGUUGGACAGUUUGGUUUCCUCAGGAAGUUAAAAUCCGGGAUGCUUAUCAGAUGCUGAAGAAACAAGGGAUUGUAAAAGAAGAUCCUAAAGUGCCAGAAGACAAAAUUUUACCUCCCCCUUCUCCAAGACCUCAGAAUUCAAUAUUUGAUAGAGAUGAAGAGAAAUCCAAGCUCCUAGCAAGGCUUUUAAAGAGCAACCACUCUGAAGACCUGCAGGCUGCCAACCGUUUGAUCAAGAGCAUGAUUAAAGAGGAACAAGAGAAAUCAGCGAAGGCAUCCAGAAGAGAGAGCACCAUCAGUGAGGUUUCUGAGAACAUUAUGCGUAUGAAUGAGUUACUGGAAAACUACCAGAGACAAGAAUUAUCCAGAGCUGACCAGGAGACACUACAGACUCUGUUUCAACGCUGUGAGAAGCUCAGGCCACUGCUCUUUCGCAUUGCCAGUGAGACAGUUGAUGAUGAUGAAGCUCUAGCUGCGUUACUGCAGGCCAAUGACCGGCUCACCCAGGCACUUGGACGGUACCGGCAGGUUGUAGCCAGCCAUGAAAACCAUAGUGGAGGAGGUUCAGCCACCAGCUCCACUGAUGCAACAGCGCGGCAGCCAGCCCCAAGGCGCAUGAAGAGCUACACACUGAUCGACUUCUCUGAGCUGGAGAUGACACCCCAGGUCCCUACAGACCAAUCUGCAGAUGUAAUCACCACCUCCCGGCACAGCAGCACAACCUCUGCCUGUCUGCUCGAGGAGGAGUUUGGGUCACUAGGUCUCAGCAACUCUCCUGUUGUGCAGAGCCCACCAGCCAGUUUUGGCUCAGCAGAGCCUGGUGUAUGCAAUGGUAAUGGUGUGACUGGAAGUGCUGCUCAAACACCGGGACCACAGGAGGACUGGGAAGAUGGCUCUUCAGAGGACGAAUUUCAGGCCCUGGCUGAUCAGCUCUCCCCACCGAGCAAGACCAGGCAAUUUUCCAGGGAUUUAUCACUGAUGAAGCUGCCCUUUCCAGAUCUUCCACGUAGCUCAAUGGCAGAAACUUCCUUGUCCAGCCUAGGCCACGAGCUGAAGCCUGCUGCCUCUUUGCAUCCAAGUCCCCAGGAUGCUUCUCUAGAAAACCUAUUUGUCCCCUUAACUUCAAUUACACUGAGCAGUAUCUGUCCACUCACUGUGUACGACAGGAAUGGCUUCAAGGCUAUGAUCCACUUCUCCAGAGACCCAGCUCCUGGAUGGCCAGAUGUGCUGGUGAUGGUUCUUUCCAUGCUGAGCACGUCAGCUCAACCAAUUAAGGACAUCGUGUUCCAGGCUGCAGUCCCAAAGACCAUGAAAAUAAAGUUACAGCCAGCAUCUGGCACUAAGCUGCCAGCCUUCAGCCCCCUCCUCCCCCCUGCAGUGGUGUCCCAGGUCCUGCUUCUUGCCAAUCCACUCAAGGUUCCUAUCCGACUCAGAUACAAACUGGCGUUCACGCAAGGCACACAGCCCUUCAGCGAGGUGGGAGAGGUGACUGGCUUCCCACAAGCAGAGCUCUAGGGCAGUAGCUGAAGCUCAGCAGGCUUGGACAUUGCCAUAUUGCCUUGGUGGUGGAUGCGGAGGGACUGCGUGCCAGCAAUCCCUGGACUCUGUGAUGGCUCAUUCCAACGGGAUCCACCAUCUCCUUUCUUUUGGUUUCUGUGCAGGUGUCUGGUAGCAGGAGCAUCCACUGGCUCCUGCAGGUGACCCUGCUCUACUGGAGACUGCUGUAGAGCCCCGCAGCCUUAACAGUUCUUCCUUAAGCAUCUUUCCUGCUGCUUCCUGGGACAGUUUUCUCUCUUUGCCAUUUGUUUUUCAAUUAAAAAAAAAAAAAGGCAGACCUAUAUCCACAGCCAGCUCUCCUGACAGACUGUCCAGGGACUCUGCUUCCAUUAGGGCUGCUGAGCAGGGAAAGAGAUGAGGAAAGGUG